GUUCAUCUCGAUUUGCGGCGGUGGGAAAAGAGUAGAGAAGAAGAGCAGAGAGAGAGAGAGAGAGAGAGAGAGAGAGAGAGAGAGAGAUGGCGAAUGCCGCAGGUGAAGUAGAAGCUGUUGAUUUCGAGCCGGAGGAGGAUGAUCUCAUGGACGAGGACGGCGCCAUUGAAGCCGAAGGAUCGUCUCCUCCUCAUCCUCCACUCCCCAGGAUCAAAUCCGCCAUUACAGGAGGAGGCGGAGGAGGAAGCGGAAGCUUCGCUGCUCCAAAGAAGACCAAAGGCAGGGGAUUCCGCGAAGAGACGGAAGCUGAACGCAAUGACCGAUUCGCUGCCAAGGAGUUCGAUUCCUUGAUCUCUGAUGGCGGGCCCGGGCCCCAACGAUCCAUUGAGGGAUGGAUUGUGUUGGUUACUGGAGUACAUGAAGAAGCACAAGAGGAUGAUCUCCAAAAUGCUUUUGGUGAGUUUGGGGAGGUUAAGAAUUUGCAUCUGAAUCUUGACCGCAGGACUGGAUUUGUUAAGGGGUACGCGUUGAUUGAAUAUGAGAACUUCAAGGAAGCCCAGGCUGCAAUAUCAACAAUGAAUGGAGCUGAGCUUCUCACACAAACUAUCUCGGUCGACUGGGCUUUCAGCAACGGGCCUUACAAGCGCAGGAACAUGAGGAGGAGAUCACCUCGUGGACGCCGCUCUAGGAGUCCUCCUAGGAGGAGAUAGUGAGGCGGCGGCUGCAAUGUCAGAAAGCUGCAGGGAUCACCUCCUUUACAGAAAAGGACUUUGGCUGCUACUUGUUGCUUGUGAGCAUUCUGUUUUGGAUUUUUGACAUUUCUACACACACUUCUCUUGCUUUCAUGCCUCGUCCUUUUGUGGUUUAUAUGCUGUUCAAAAGAGAUAAUCUUCUUGAAGAUGUGUUAAAAUACACUGCUGUAAGAGCUGCAUUGGAGUUGCAGAUUUGGAAUGAUUUACAAUUGCUAACUUUUAGUUAAAAUCUGGUUUAUUUGAUCAA